AACAAAUAUGGCGGAUUUCUUGGAAGAUGUUGGAGUUGGCUAUUACCGCUCGUUAGAUCCCCCGAAGAACUUUGUUGUAAAGGUGAAUUUAAGGCGAGUGACGGCGGCGAGCUAUCUUCCAGAGUUUAAAUUUGGUUCUCAGCAGAACGUAAAUGAUCAAGAGGGUGCUGAAGUUGCUGGAGAAGCUUUGGAAAUGCAGGGGUUAAGACAAAACCAAGGUAAACCACCUGAUCAAGAUUCAGAGGAAUCUAUGUUUUAUUGGCAACAAAAGAUGUUCUCUCAGAGAGAGAUGGAACUCUAUGGAGAUCUAACCAAUUGUUUUGGACCUCUAGAGCAGAAAUAUCAUGCAGAAAUAUUAAAGCUAAGGAAAAAGGGUGGAAGACCAAAUAGGAGACUUUUCUCUUACGUUGAUUGUGAUAGCUAUGUUAAUGUGGAUGAGGAAUCAAGACCUCUCACAACUUCUGCAAAUGAAGUACCCAGCUACCUCACUAAAAACAUGACAACUGUUAGGAGGAGAAAUAUUGGAACCAGAGUUGACCGCAGGAAUAGACCCGGUGGAUUCAUUACCAGAACUGAUCCAAUUGUUGUUCAUGAAACAGAAACUAGCAAAACAACUGCCCAUGUUGUUAACAUACCAUACAAGACCAUGCAUGUAAUGGCAGAUCUUGCUCCAGAGGGAAAAGCUGAAAUUGAUCAGAAUGAUGAAUAUGUCCUGUUUUCCAUUAAGAUUGAUGCUAAUGGACAAAUUUUUGUUAAACCUGACUUCAAUGGGGAAAAGCCACCAUACCGUAUUGAGACACAAAAUGAUCUGAGAGAGGUUUAUGAAUAUACUAUUGAGCACUGUUCUGUUCAAAUGACAAGUGAUCAACGGGAGCAAGAAUUCAAGAGUUUCAAUGAGCUUUACAACAGACAUGCUUUGUAUUUGGCCUCACAAGUUGGAUCUGGAUUUGAGACUAUGCCAGAACCUGGUGUUUUGAGAAUGAAUAUUUUGGGGGAGAUAGUUUCUGCCAAAGGAUUUGACUAUGAUGGUCUAUAUGUUCACUUUUUUCUGGAUCUGCCUGAAAAAUGGAGACCAACUGAUGACCCAGUUUUAUCAGGUGUCACACAGACCUGCAUGACAAAGCUGGAAGGAGAAGACUAUGUGGCACACUUUAGUUUCCCUUUUGAUUUCUCAUUGAUCUAUCAAGAGGAUGAUGAUUGUGAUGAUUUUAUUCACUGGCCAACACUCUUUCUGGAGGUGUUGUCAUUGGACAGCUGGGAAAGGUUCAGAGCUGAGGGUUAUGCAUACAUCACUAUACCCAGUAAAGCUGGCAGCUACAGUAUGGAAGUGAACACUUGGCGACCAAUAGGAAAUGGCACAGGUCCAGAGAUGCGAAGGUUCUUUAUUGGUGGAUCACCAGAAUUGGAAGAUCCUACAUAUCCUCAGAAACCUGCCAUGGCUGAUGAUAAGGUAUUGAGCAAAUAUUUCUUCAGGACAGCUGGAUCUGGGAGUGUUAAUGUCAAGUUUCAUGUCAUGCAGCAGUGUCAGUCUUUUAUGGAUUCAAAAGCAAAGAAAACUCGUCGCACAAGAACUAUACUGGACAGACUAGGUGGAAUGAAUGCUCUGGACUCUUUAGCACAAGUUAUGGAUGCAUUCCAAAGAGCAAAAAAACGGAUGUUGGAUGCGCGUGAGGGACUUCCAUCCGUAAAAUGAAUGCAGAGCAAAUCUUCCUGUUUUUGCUGGUAUAAAAGAUUAACUUGAGUUAUGGUUUGCAUGAAACUUACAGUAAAGAAAAUGUUUUGUAACAGCUGGAGUUGUAAUUUUUCUAUGAUGAGCGACUGUAUAAAAAAAUAUGAGAUGUACAAAUGUAUAUAUCCUUUACGAAAUGUUACUUGUGAGGUGUAGUUACAAAGUGUGUAAUACAAUUCUUAUGUACAAACAUGGCUUAUAACUUAUUUAUACCUGUACAGUAGCUGCUCAAAUUUCUUGAAUUCUUCACUCCAAUGAACAAUUUGUCAAUUACUGUUACAGAAAUUAAUUUUAAAAAAGAAAUUGCAGUGCAUCACCGUGGUUCAAGGCUGACCUUAUUUCUUCGUUAAGAUUAAUAUUGUACUGUCAAAACACUGCAAGUGAUUACACUCAUAUUGAAAUAAUGCUUUGAUAAGUUUAUUAGUGUAAUACAGAAUGUUCUCGUCUUCAUGACAAUUUUUAUCACUCAAAAAAAUCCAUAUAUACAAACUUUAAGGCAAUUUUCUCAUGCUUAAGAAUCAUGUAAGACAUGAGUUGUUUCAGAUACAGCCUCCAGCCAGUUUCUGAAGCCAAGUUUUUCUGUUUGAUUACUCAGCUUGGUUAGUGCUUGAGCUAGUCGUUGUCCAUUGCCUUGCAGGAUGGAGGAUACCUGUUGCAGAAAUCAUAAAUUAAUCUACAAAGUUUACAACCUAUUAAAAGGAAAAAAAAGGGGUAUUUUGUUGAUAAAAGGGUCAUUACUCAACUCUUUUUCUUAAACCAUAGUAACACUCCUACAUACAACACUCCUAGACAUUUUCACUUAAUGUUCACCUUCAAAUUUAUAAAAUUUAACUAAUUAGCCAGGCGAUAUACUUGCCUGGAACACUGUAGAUAAGUUACACUCUUCAUUUGACAAGCUUGGUAGAUUUAAGGAGUUUUGAGCCUCAACUUGGAGCAGAGGAUGGAGCUGUGUAGUAAAGAAACAAAAUUAACAACUGAAUCAAUCAAGCACUUGAUAAUAACGAGACAAUCAGGAUCAUUGACAUUAAGAAAGUGUUUGAUUCCUUAUCACAUUCUGUCCUACUUCAAAAGUUACAAGGCAUAGGAAUCACCAGAGACAUUUGGUUGUGGAUAAGGGAUUAUCUUGCCUACCAAUACCAAGUUACUACCAUUAAUGGCUGUAGUUCCAGUGUACACAGAGUUACUUUUGGUGUUCCACAAGGUCACUCCUUAUUUUCACUCUUCUUAAUGAUUUACCAGACAUUGUUAAUGAUUGCGAAGGUGAAUUUCAAAUGUAUGCUGAUGACAUCACUGUUUACGUAACCAGCUCCAACCCUAACAUGGUGGCCACAUCUCUUAAUUUUACUUUGAGUAAACUCACUAAUUGGCACCAAGACAAUUUUUUAGCACCACACCUGUGCAAGACAGAGGUUAUUUUAAUGAAACACAGCACCUCCAUUGGCCCUCUACAGGGUAUAAAAUUUGGCUCUACUAUUAUUAAUUAAGUUGCCUCCACUAGGGCCCAGUUGUUCAAAGGGCAGAUAGUCCUACCCAACAGAUAAGUGUUAAUAAAACAUAGCGUUAUCCACCCUUCAAACAACCCGAGCCAGAUGUUUGGGUGUUGAUUUUGAUAGUGAUUUCAAUUUUGGAAUUGACCAAAUUUUUGUAUAGAAACUCGAUUUUUAAAAAUCAUUUUAUUUCUUUCCUGUCAAUGCUUGGAUAGACUUCUACUUCAACGUAAUAUUACCAUCCAAAACUUAUCAAUAUUCUGGGGCUCUUGCAAAAACAUUGUUUGAUAAACUUGACCGAUUACACACAAGGGGCCCCUAGAAUUAUUUUCUACUUAGAUUUGUGUAUGCCAACUGAAGUUGUUUCAAACACCACAAAAAUGAGAGCCUUCAUGGCUCAUUUACUUCAGCAACUACUUGUUUUUGCCUAGAAAUGUUGUUAUGGGUUUAUGCUUGGCCCUCUUGAAGACUUACUGGCAAAACAUGAGAGUAGGUACUGUUUAAGAAAACAAGUAUGUUUAUACAUUCCAAAACCUGAGACAGAUAAUAUCAAGCGGUCCAUCCAAUACAUGAGUACCGUACUCUGGAAAAGGCUUGCCAAUGAAGAGAGAAUGACCAGCUUGGUUGCCAAGUUUAAACCAGUAAGAAAAUUCCCUCAAAAUUUUACACUUUUUAAUUUAUUAGUGGAUAUAACUUUAAAUUUCUUGUCUUAAUCAUGUAUUUGUAGUUUUAAUUACAACUGUAGUUUCUUUUUCCUUUUUACUCCUUAGACUUGACUU